AUGGUGUGUAAAAAUUCGAGGAAAGAGUCACGUACUUGCUGCCCCCCAACACUUGUUUCGGUGGAGUUUUAGGCAGGGGAAAGGUCAAGAAGGCACUUGUCAGGUGACCGCCAAACACUGAAACAAAAAACAAACGAAUUCAACUGGAAGGAGAGAAUCAUUCUCACGUGGGAACAUGAACAAAUCCACAUGGACGUAACUUGGAACCGCAGCGCAGGAGCCAAGCAGCUGCCUGACUUCUUCGAGUACGUCCUCGAUUUCCAGCACGCCCGCUCGACAUCGCGUCCCGCAUUGGACAGCACGGCGACUCUCUGAGCAGUGAGAAUGUCGAGGAUCCGACCUCCUACGAAGACUCCGCGUACCCGUCCGAUCCGAGUGGGAAGGCCGCCCCGCCGUACGUCGUCAAGACCAUCCCCAACCUCAUUCCGCCGCUCACUUACGGAGCUUUCUCGAACAAAAUUCUUCAUUGA